AUGGCGCUCGUCGGCGCGCGCAUGAAGAUAUCGUUCGGUGACUACGCGCGCGACGUGUCGGCGUGCGUCGUGUUCCACGACGCGCGCGAGCGACACGCGCAUCACGUGCUGUGCGACGACGGGCAUCACAUGUGGGCGUCGUUCGAGCUGGAGGCGACGAGCGACGGCGCGCGACGGCGAGGGACGCUCGUGGCGAGGAACGAUCGCAUGGAGGACGUGCGCGCGGACGUGGUGGUGCUGGACGGCGAGGCGCGGGACCGAGAAAGGGAGCGGGGACAGAGCGAAGACGAGGCGACGGAGGAGGACGACGAGGACGACGAGGGAGACGACGACGACGAAGACGCGGAGGAGAAGGAACGACGACGACAAAGACGACGCGCGAGCGAGCGCGGGCUAGGGAACGGGGCGACGACGACGACGGGGCGACGCGCGAGCGAUGGAGACGUGGUUGAGGAUUCAGGCGCGGCGCGCGGCGCCGUCAAGCCGAAAAAGGCGGCGAGAGAGUCGCGAGAGCGACGGCGGCAGGAGGGGCGGAAUAAGGCCAGGGCGGCGAUGCGAGUCAACGCCGUCGCGAUGAAUGUCUCGACCGUCGAUCCCGAGUACGGCGUCGACGCGGACGCGACGGCGAAAGAGGGCGCGCGCUCGACGCGCGUGCGCGUGCCGAGCAAGCGGUUACUCGAGAGCGACGAGCUCGCCGCCCUUCGCGCCAAGCGACUCGCCUCCGAUCGGCUCGCCAAUCGCGCCAACACCGCCAAUCCUCGCGCCGCCAACACCGUCGGCAUCGGCACCAAUCGCACCAAUCAUAACGACGCCUCGCGUCGAGCGGCGGAGCGGCGUCCCGCGGAUUCGCAGAGCGACCCGACGUUCGACCCGACGUCGACGUCGCUCUGA